AUUAAAACUACCCCCUAUGCCGAUCAAAAACCCGGAACUUCGGGUCUUAGGAAAAAAGUUAAGAUUUUUAAACAAAAAUAUUACGUUGAAAACUUUGUUCAAUCCUGCUUUAACGCCAUUUCCUCAGAAAUUAAGCAAGGAGGUACUUUUGUUGUUGGUGGUGAUGGCCGUUUUCUUAUGAUGGAGGUUUUGCAUAAAAUUAUUUCCGUGGGAGCUGCCGCUAAUGUUAAAAAAUUUAUUAUCGGUGUGAACGGAUUACUUUCCACUCCUUGUGUUUCUGGCUUGAUUCGCAAGUUUAAAGCGGAUGGCGGAUUUGUGUUAACCGCCAGUCACAAUCCCGGAGGCGAAUCAAAAGAUUUUGGCAUCAAGUACAAUUGUUCUAACGGAGAUUCAAAUGGGUUGAACUCCCUACACUUGACCUUCACAAGCCAACAACCUUUUCACUUUUUGCCGAUUGUCUAGUGCAAGUAGUUGAUGGCGUCUCCCUUUAUAGUGAAUUAAUGAAAGAAAUUUUUAACUUUACAAGCAUUUCCAAACUUCUUCAAGAAAAAAAUUUUAAGAUCAAAAUUGAUUGUAUGAACGGAGUCACCGGCCCUUUUGCUAAAAAUAUUUUUAUAAACGAGCUGGAGGCCCCUGAGGAUUCGGUUAUAAAUUUCACUCCUCUUCCAGAUUUUGGAGGCCUCCAUCCCGAUCCCAAUCUUACUUACGCUAAAAAUUUAGUGGAUUUGAUGGCUCAUGGCAAACAUGACUUUGGCGCCGCAUUUGAUGGAGACGGCGAUCGGAACAUGAUUCUUGGACGCGAUGUCUUUGUAAAUCCUUCCGACUCGGUGGCCAUUAUAGCCGCAAACUACGCUUGUAUCCCGCACUUCCGCGCCGGCUUGAAAGGUGUUGCUAGAAGCAUGCCCACCAGCGGGGCGUUGGACAGCGUGGCGAGAAAGUUCGGGAUUAAUCUCUUCGAAACGCCCACCGGCUGGAAAUAUUUCGUCAACCUGAUGGAGGCGGGCCGCCUCUCAAUAUGCGGAGAAGAAUCUUUCGGGCAGGGAUCAGACCACGUGCGCGAGAAAGACGGAAUCUGGGCAGUUUUGGCGUGGUUAUCUAUUAUUGCCUCUACAAAGAAAGCAGUAAAAACUAUUAUUGAGGAUCACUGGCGGGAGUACGGAAGAAACUUCUUUACUCGAUAUGAUUAUGAGGAAGUAUCGGAGAAAGCCGCCAACGAUCUCAUGCAGCACUUAAGAAAGAAGAUUGACUCCAAGUCGCUUUGCGGCCAAAUGGUAGCGGACGGCGAGAUGGUUGUGAAGGGCGAUGACUUCUGUUACGUGGACCCCGUGGACGGUACAGUUGCAAAUAACCAGGGAAUCCGGAUCCUUUUCGAAAGCGGCUCGCGCAUAAUAUACAGGCUUUCGGGGACAGGAAGCACAGGCGCCACCAUCAGAAUAUACGUUGACAAGAGGGACACGGAGACCUCAAACAUUUUUAAGAGCUCUCAUGAAGCAUUAAAAGAACUUAUGGAUUUUGCUCUUCGAAUAUCCCGUCUCGAAAUCUUUACAGGAAGAACGCAACCAACUGUGAUAACGUAG